CCGCCGCCACCACCACCACCAACAAAAAAAAAUCCUCUCUCCUCCUCUCUCUAAAUGAUGAAAAUAAAGCAGAACCAGACCCGGACUUACGAUGGAGACGGUUACAAGAAGCGAGCGGCCUGUUUGUGCUUCAAGGACGAGAGGGAGGAGGAGGUUCUAUUGGUUAGUAGCAGUCGGUACCCAGACAAAUGGAUUGUGCCAGGAGGUGGCAUGGAGCCUGAGGAGGAACCAAGUGUGGCAGCAGCCCGAGAAGUCUGUGAAGAAGCUGGCGUAAAAGGGACAUUAGGAAGAUUAGUAGGCAAGUUUGAAAAUCAAGAACGGAAGCACAGAACCUAUGUGUAUGUUUUGAUUGUAACCGAAGUGUUAGAAGACUGGGAGGAUUCUGUUAAUAUUGGGAGAAAAAGGGAAUGGUUUAAAAUAGAUGAUGCCAUUAAAGUUCUUCAGUGUCAUAAACCUGUACAGGCCUCCUAUUUUGAAACCUUCCAACAAGGUUAUAUGGCAAAUAACGGGACUCCUGUUGUUGCAACAUUAUCCGAAGAGAAGGCCUCAACAUACGCAGUCUCCAAUCAGAGUUCAGUGUCCAACAUUAGAUGACUGAGAGGCGCUCCACAGUAACUGACUCAUUGUACAUUGAGUCCCAAAGGCAUGGACUUGAAAAGUUUCAGUGAAAGAAUGUUUGAUCUGGUUUGAUUGCUAAUAUACAUUGUACAUGUAUAAAUAAAUUUUGCAUGAAGAUCUGCGCAUUGUUGAUAACAAUACUUUAUAUUGUGAUGUAAAAUAUAGUGCUGAAGAUCAAAGCCAUAACUAGUGAAGGUUUUUUGGUUAGAUAUUGUAUAUUUUUGAUAGGAUUGUGAAAUAAAGGUGCCACUGUUGCAGCCAGUUAAUGUCCCUCAGGUAUUCUGUCCAUUGGAAUUCCUUUUUGUCAGGUGAUUUGGAGUUCAACUGAGGGAUAUUCGUUGGGUGCUAAAUGGGUAUUACUUUUAGUUCUGCAUUUUUUUAUAUAUAGCUUUUGUAAAUUUUUUGCCAGCUUUAUUAUCAGCUGCGCUACUUCUGUUUACGUAAAGAAAGGAGACUAUGAAACAGUUGAUCACUGAUUUGUACUGCUUUGUGGAAUAACCUUCAAGACACAUUUCAACACAACACUUUUGUGAGCUUGUACACAAUUUGUUCAGUAAAGCCUUCAAAGCAUUUUCAUCCCUGUAAGACUUCUUCAAGCCAGCCAUGUAUGUUGGGUCUUAUUUUCUGUGGAGCAUUCGUUUUUAUAUAUCUCAGUUUAGCGGUACCUAUUUGUACCUUUCAGCUUCAUUCUCCUGAUCUGCUUCCCCCCUCCCCCCCCCCCCCCCCCAAUUUGUACGACACACUGGAAUGUUAAUGGAUGUUAUCAGGCAGUUGUUUGCUGGUAAUUUGAGAUCUUAACUGAGCUUGAGAAUUUGGCAUUUCCUGAUUAUGUUUUGGUUUUUCUUGCAGUGUGAAACGACACUGUUUAUUGCUUGAGCACUUAAACUGCAACUCAGCUUUCAAAUUCCAGCUCCAGACUUGUAAAAUGUCGAACCAAGAGUAUUGUGUACAGUACAUCCUCCUUAAUUUUUUUAACAAUUCUUGGUUCACUUUUUUUACUGUGAAACAUGAGUACAGUAACAUUUCUUUUGAAAUAAGUGCUAUGUGUUGAUCAUUCAAAAUAACUCUUAACCUACCAUACGAUAGAUUUUGUGUUUAGGCAAUGAAUACAGAUCUCUGAAAUCCCUUUUCGAAUUACAGUAGAAUAAUGUCUCGGACAUAUCCAAUCUGCUGUCUAAUUGAACAGAUUGUUCCUCAGAAGAGGAGGGAGCAUUGCAUGGGGAAAACCAUCUGUUGUCAACUUAGGGAUAGAAUUAACCUUUUAUGCUGGUGAAUCAGAUCUGCUCAGCACAUCCUCUUAUGUAGCUGACUCAGAGUUUAAAAACAAUGCAAGUAAAUUUUCAUUGAUGCAGAAUUGUGGAAUAUUAACAUCUGUUAGUAACAUGGUAAGUUUUCAAUUUUCCAACUUUGAUCGCUACAUUUUUAAGAUGUGCUGGAACAGGAUUUUCAGUCUUGAGGUACUGUUUUGUGUAGGUGAAGCAAUUAAUCUUUUUUUAAAAAAAACAUAACCGUAGUGGAAAAAAGCAGGUAUAGUAUCAGCAAACUGAGUUGUCACUAAAGCGUUACGUAAAGUGGUAUUCUAUUCUCUAGUGAUUUUUUUUUAAUUGUGACUGCAAUUGUCAGUUUACCUGUUGUGUACACCGGAAAGAUGUGUAGACAUUCUACUAAUGUGAUUUUGUUUUAAAAAAUGAAGUUUCAGUCACAAGAUAAAAUUGGCUCUUAAAGUAUUAAAUGCUUUGUAUUUCUGAGAAGCAUAUCCGAAAAUCUUGUUAUGUAAAAAGUGAAACCAAUGAAAUUCGAUUAUGACCACUUAAAUGUUUUCAUCUGCUACUUGCAAUUAAUGAAUUGUAUAUACACUUGUCAUUUUGGGGUCUUUCCUGUGUAAAGCCUUAGAUGGAGGAGAUAAGUGCAGGUUUUUACAAUGGUCAGCGUUGGGAAGAGUAUGAGAUGUAUUCUACCCUUUACAUUUUAACGCCACCUUUAUACCUGUACUUUACCUGGAGAGAUACUGUCACUGGAAGUGUCUUGUUUUAUUCGACUUGAGUGUGAUGCACAUGUGAAGCAAGGGACUGAAGAUUGUAAUAUACCUGUGCCAACAAAUAAAAAUUCACCAGUAUUUCAGAAACCAAA